UAUCAAAAAGAAAACAAACUAUAUCAAACGAUUUAUCAAAGUAGCUAGGGCUUGCAAAGAACUGUCCAAUUAUAACACGAUGUUUGCGAUCAUUUAUGGAUUAAAACGGCCAGCUGUUCUCAUGUGGACACAGGCAUGGGAGGGAUUGGCAACAAGAUACAUGGAUUUGUUCAAGGAGUUGGAUAGGCUUACUGAUCCUGCGAAUGGUCAUUUCAAUUACUCGGAUGAAAUUACACAACGCGAGCCUCCUGCCGUUCCAUUUAUGCUUCCUUAUAUUCAAGACAUGAUCCAAACUCAUGUCAAAACACCACAAGUGUUUGACGACGAAAACAAGGAUGACAAUAAUAAGAGACGCAUCAACUUCCAAAAGUUUUACCACAUCUAUUCCAUUGCAGCCGAGCUAGAAGUAUUCCGCUUGUCAUCAUACCAUAGGAAACUGAAAGGUGAUCGUGAAAGCAAUAUGCUACUGGUCAAUCACAUGCGGUCUUACACCAUGCUGGAUGGAAAAGCAUUGGGCGAAGGACUGGUGUUUUCAUCUACGAAUGCUACAUCAGACUGGAACGAGACUGCAUCUGGAGCUAGUGGAUCCAAAGCAAUGAAGCGUGCAUCACAAAUACUAUCAUCCACUGUUGCAGUAGAGUCAGCAAAUAGUCAGUGACACCAAUGAUUUAUGCUUUUUAAAAAUACAUGACAUUUGGAUUUAUAAAUCCAGACCAUUC